AUGUAUGCUACAUACAUGGAACCGGCUGACCAGACAUCACCUGAUUUGAAGGAGAGCUCCAAGGACCCCUCAGAGGCAUAUGAGGAAAAACACGUGCAUGAGGUGUACCAGCAGAUCGCCGAGCACUUUUCCUCGACACGGUACAAGCCCUGGCCGAUCGUGGAGCGUUUUCUCCAGAAUCAGGAACCAGGCUCCGUUGGGCUAGAUGUUGGCUGCGGUAAUGGCAAAUAUCUGCCUGUAAAUCCUAACAUCUUCAUCGUCGCGUCCGACAGGUCGGAGGCUCUGGCACGGAUCGCUGUAAAGCAUCAGCCGCAUUCAACCAUCGUGGCUGAUAUAUUGAAUCUACCGCAUCCCCCUUCGCUUUUCGACUUUGCCAUUUCCAUUGCAGUGGUCCACCAUCUCUCGACCCCGGACAGGAGAGUCCGCGCUAUACGCGAAAUUCUCCAGACAUUGAAGCCUCCCACCGAAACGAGCCAAGGUGGCAAGGCUUUGAUCUACGUGUGGGCGCUCGAGCAAAAGACCAGUCGCAGAGGCUGGGACAAAGGCGACCAGCAGGACGUGAUGGUCCCGUGGGUCAUGAGAAGCAAUAAUUCUACUUCUGCUACUGCUGGGAAAGGAACAGAUGAUCGCCAAACCACAAAAACAUUUCAUCGCUAUUACCAUCUCUAUGAAGAAAAUGAGCUCGAAAAAGACAUCCGCAACGCAGGCGGCCUGAUCCUGGAAUCGGGGUAUGAAAAAGACAACUGGUGGGCUGUUGCUGUGCGAGCGCCAGACAACAAAGACAACAAGAAGUAA